CACGGCAAACCAAAUCAAACAUAGAGAGAGACUUGGGAGGUUCAAGGUGUGAGGGGCGUGAAAAUGGAAGCAGGUCAUGAUGUCUUUCAUUGUUUUUCAAUUGAACCAGGUCAUCGUCAUUAAACAAUCUGAGCCAUGCGUGACCACGGUAUAUUCAAAUAUCACUUCCCAAGCCAAAUCAAAACAUAGAGAGAGACUGGGAGGUUAAAGGUGUGAGGGGCGUGAAAAUGGAAGCAGGUGAUGAUGUCUCUGAUUUGGAGAGGUUGCCAGAGUCCAUUCUCCUCCAUAAGAUUUUAUCACUCCUCCAACCCCGUGAGCUGGCCCUGUUAUCUUGCUCCGCUUCCAAGCUCAGGCCAUUGGCCAUCUCAGAUGAGCUCUGGUUCCCCAUUUGUUGCAAAUUAGGUCUAUUGCCGAAACCCGUGAAGGGGAAGCUCCAGCAAAACCCUUAUCCAUGGAGGAACUGGCAUCAACUCUUCUGCUGUAAAAAAAACGUGAAAUGCAUUGAGUGCAACGGGGAUACCCCCUAUGUCUUCAAGUUGACGCCUUCUCCUGUACGACUAUGUGAAAGAUGUGAAUUCAUGGGACAGAAAUACGCUCUUGCUACAGAAUUAGAAGCCAAAGGACGAUUUCUGCUCACUGACGUUGACCUUCAGAGUCUACCUUUCAAAGAGAUGAAGUUGAAGAGGAUGUCUGUGUAUUUCUUCCUCAGAUCAUCGCUUGAGAACACUGCCAAGGAGAACACCCAUUUGCUCGAGAAUGAGGGGCGCGUGGUGGACAUCACAGAGAGCAAUGAGAGUGGCGAAGAGUGUGAGGAGUUUUAUGAGUGUGCAGAUGGACCGAGUGAGCCGUGCAAAUUUCAAGAACCAGAAAACAAUAAUGCCGACUUUGCCAAGGAUGGGAAGAAGGCUCUUCGUAAAGAGCACAAACGUCUAGUGAAAAAGGAGAGUAGGGAAAAGCUCAUGGGUGCCAAAUCUGAAGAAAGCCGAAACAUUCACAGCAUUGAUGUACCAUCUCCAUCUCUUAAAGGUAAAUUCAAGAAGGGAUGGAAAACCAAAAGAGAGCAUUUAGAGGGAAAUGCUGGAUACCAACCAAAAGAGCUACUGCACAACUAAUGGUAAAAUCACCUAGUCCUUGGGUCAAGGACAGGGACUGGUUGGAGAGUGAGUUGGGUGCUUAUGGGAUGUCAGUUCUAGAGUUGGCGUCAUUUUAGCCUACUUUGAUGAUUAUGGUGGGUAUGAUGAUGUUGUAAAUAAGAUCAUUAACAGUGACAAUGGGCCGGGUCAGCCUUGGCCCUGUCCCGGCCCUUGUCUUCUUAGGUGGGCGGGCCAAAAACAAAUGAAGAAAAAAGUAAAGAAAAGAUGAGAAAAGAAAAGAACCAGGCCGGCACGAGUCCUAGCCGGCCCUCUGGCUACAAACUCAUGCACAUGCCCUACUCUUUUAGGGCCGGGGCGACUGUGCCGGGCCGGGCCAGGCCACGUGCCCCAUUGCCAGCCCUAUUUACACAAUAAGAAGAUCAUAUUCCAAUAUGUGCUCAUUACCUUUUUUACCACAAAUUCGGAGCAACCUGGCAAUAACAAGUAGACAGAUUUGAAGUGAGUUAAAUAGCACACGAUGCCAUGUGUCAUCUACUUUUGUGGUUAUGUGGGCGCGCACAACAUCAUGGUGUCCUCUCUGUGACUCUAAUGCUGUGUACUUGAGAUGGAUUUGAUUGACCUGAUUUUAUACUCUCAUCUUAAAGAAACAAAAUAUGGAAAUACGCCCUUACAAAAUGUUUCUCUAAACCUA